ACAAGUGGCUCAUCUCCAGAGUGUAGGAUGAUCCCGAAUUCCGUUUUACCGAUUGUUCCGACAUUUACUCAUGUCAUGGCUCAGGCCUUGAGAAUAUGUGUACCUUUCGACCGAACCCUCAGGAGUCCGGAACGAUACUGGAUCUUCGUGUAUCAAUUGAUUGUAGAGUGGCUGAUCGCACGUCUUGUUCCUUUGGUAGACACGGUUACCUCUUAUCCGCCCAUUACCUGAUUGUACAGUGUACACAUUUGGGACAAAAUGAUGCCUUGAUCGAUGCGGU